AAAUAUACUAACUUCUGUGACAAACAAAGGCACCAUUUUCUUAUCAUACAAAGAGCUCUUACAGGCAAAUUUAAUUUAAAAAAUGGAAAGAAGAUAUGAACAAUUGAUUCAUAGAAAAUGAGAUUAAAAUCACCAAUACACAUAAAACAUUUCUCAAGUGAAAGUUAAAUUUUCGUGAAAUGAAACUUAAAUGAAAAUUAAAACCACAAAUGUAGUCAUUUGUGUGUGCCUCCAAUAAUUGCUCUGUACAAAUAUACACAAUUGUUCUAUCAUAGAUCAUUAUGAGUGUCUUUCUCCAUUCUUAUAUUUCCCCCUUGUAUUUCCAGGCAGUUUCUUAUCUGUUGUCAUGUAGCGCCAGGGCAGCCAUUUCUUAAAGAGCACCAAGUGUGGGAACACCAACCUCCCACAGUCACCUGUCAAACAGGUGUGCUGGGGGUGGUGUCUCGGCCUGGGGAGUUGAUGAUGGAGCAAGCUCCACAGAAAAGGAGAUAGACAAAGAACGGGAGUUCCCGGCAGAAGAGGAGGGACAGGGCUUUCCCCCAGACGCAGGGAUACCACGUGCCAAAACAAAGAAAGGUGCGUGCAGAAAGCCAGGUGCCAGUAUCUGCAAGAUGGGAGAAGGGCCCCGGGUUCGGGCGAAGAGGGGGGCUUUUCCUGUGCAGAUUGCUUUCCUGCUCAGGGACUGCUUUUGGCCGUCGAGGGUCCUAACAAUUGUCACACAGUUCAUAGCUGAAAACGACCUUUAAGUCCAUCCAUCCAGCUUACACUUUUUACAGAUAAAUGUAAGGAGGCCUUAAAGAAGUGACAUGACCUGUUCCAGGUCACAGCUAUGACCAACACUGGGGUCCUAACUGCCAGCCUGCAGAUUUUCUGGCUCUGGCCCUCGGGCACUCGGGCACUGCCCAGGUUGUCAAACCACAAACUCCUCUCCCGGGCCAGCAGCCCGGGUGGUCUGGGUGGACUACAUCUCCCACAAUGCCCGGACCCAGCCUCCCGCCCUCCGUCGCUGUAUCCGUCAAUAGGAAAGCAGAGUUUCCAGAGGCCGUUCUCAGCAGCCAUUGAGCGCGGCGGGGGGCGGACCUAUCCCGUCCAUUGUUCUCGGUGCCCCUCCGGGCCGGAGCAGUCGUGACACUGUAGGGGCCGUGCCGUGUGCCUGGGGCACUUUUGCAGGCGGAUCCGCCGCUGCCGUAGCAGGAUCUGAUCUCCGAAGAGAGACAUCAUCCCGCGCACCUCGUCAUUUUACAGAUGGGGAAACUGAGCUCAGAGGGGGCGUGUCUUGCUCCGGGUCACACAGCGAAUUACAAUAGCUUACUAGGAAAAUUUCCCGGGUUCCCAACUGGGCUACUUGUUGAAAUUUAAGGAGGGAAGUAUCUUCUCAGAGAGCCUGGCUGGAGAAGACUGAAGUUCAAGACUAGAAGCCUGAGUGAUCGCCCCAAAGACGUGGGUGAUGGCUGCAGAGGUGCCGAGAGUAACCACUCCCCUGAGCCCCUUGGUCCAGGUGCCUCAAGAGGAUGAUGAACAGGAGGAGGAGGAGGUCACCACCAUGAUCCUGGAGGAUGACUCUUGGGUACAGGAAGCUGUGCUGCAGGAGGACGGCCCUAAGUCUGAGCCUUUUCCCCCGAGUGCCAGCAAGGGCAGCCCCCGCGAGGAAGUGGCUGGAGGACCGCAGGGUGCACUCAGCCGCCUUCGAGAGCUCUGUCGGCGCUGGCUGAGGCCGGAGGUUCACACCAAGGAGCAGAUGCUGACCAUGCUGCCCAGGGAGAUUCAGGCCUGGCUGCAAGAGCAUCGACCCGAAAGCAGUGAGGAGGCAGUGGCCCUGGUGGAAGGCUUGACCCAGACCCUUCGGGACAGUGAUUUUGAGAUCCAGAGUGAAAAUGGGGAGAACUCUAAUCAAGACAUAUUUGAGGAUGUGGAGUCACAUGAGAUCUUCUCAGAAAUGCCCAAACGGGAAGGCGUUCGGCAGUCUGACUGGGAAAGUGAUUCUGAGAGAGACUGUGGCUCCAGGCGUCCCCAGGGGAACACCCCCGGUGAGGACCACAGGGAGGUGCCAUCCCAGGGCAGGGAAGUUGGACAGCUUAUAGGCCUUCAGGGCACCUACCUGGGUGAAAAGCCCUAUGAAUGUCCCCAGUGCGGGAAAACUUUCAGUCGGAAAUCCCACCUCAUCACGCACGAGCGGACCCACACGGGAGAGAAAUACUACAAAUGCGACGAAUGCGGAAAAAGCUUUAGUGAUGGUUCAAACUUUAGUAGACAUCAAACGACUCACACCGGGGAGAAACCUUAUAAAUGCAGGGAUUGUGGGAAAAGCUUUAGCCGGAGUGCAAACCUCAUAACCCACCAGAGGAUCCACACGGGUGAGAAACCCUUUCAGUGUGCCGAGUGCGGCAAGAGUUUCAGCAGGAGCCCUAAUCUCAUUGCUCACCAGCGAACCCACACGGGGGAGAAGCCGUACUCAUGCCCAGAGUGUGGCAAGAGCUUUGGCAACCGGUCCAGCCUUAAUACUCACCAGGGAAUCCACACCGGAGAAAAGCCCUACGAAUGCAAAGAAUGUGGCGAGAGCUUCAGUUACAACUCCAACCUGAUCAGACACCAGAGGAUCCACACGGGGGAGAAACCGUACAAAUGUCCCGACUGUGGGCAGAGGUUCAGUCAGAGCUCGGCCCUCAUCACCCACCGGAGGACGCACACAGGAGAGAAGCCCUACCAGUGCGGCGAGUGUGGGAAGAGCUUCAGCCGCAGCUCCAAUCUGGCCACGCACCGCAGAACCCACUUGGUGGAGAAGCCCUACAAGUGCGGCGAGUGUGGGAAGAGCUUCAGCCAGAGCUCCAGCCUGAUUGCACACCAGGGCAUGCACACGGGCGAGAAGCCGUACGAGUGCCUGACCUGCGGGGAGAGCUUCAGUUGGAGCUCCAACCUCAUCAAGCACCAGCGGACCCACACGGGGGAGAAGCCCUACAAGUGCGGGGACUGUGGGAAGGGCUUCAGCCAGCGCUCCCAGCUCGUGGUGCACCAGCGGACCCACACGGGCGAGAAGCCCUACGCGUGCCUCAUGUGCGGCAAGAGCUUCAGCCGGGGCUCCAUCCUGGUCAUGCACCAGAGGGCCCACCUGGGGGACAAGCCCUACAGGUGCCCUGAAUGUGGCAAGGGCUUUAGCUGGAAUUCAGUUCUCAUCAUACACCAGCGGAUCCACACAGGCGAGAAGCCGUACAGAUGCCCCGAGUGUGGCAAAGGCUUCAGCAACAGCUCCAACUUCAUCACGCAUCAGAGGACGCACAUGAGAGAGAAGCUGAGUUGAUGUGGCCAAGAGGGAGCGUGAAGGGACGGGCCCAGGAGAGGGAACUGUCGCACUGCCCCCAAGUGGGGACGUCUCAUUAGAAAAGCCGUUCUUCCUGAAUGGUCUUCUGGGAUUUUUGCCAGAAUCUCACGCCUGCUCAGCCUCAUUCCGAGGAUCCCAUCACCUUAGUGGUCGGAGUCACACUCCAAGAACAGGGCACAAGAACGGAAGGUUGGAAAGUUGGGUCUUUUUUUUGUUUCACUUCAUAGCUUGUCUGGCUCCCUUUCUCCUGACCCUCCGUGCCUCAGUUUCCUCUUUGGUAGGACAGGGGAGUGUUUCUCCAUGUGGAACAGAAGACAGCAUGGCCCACAGCCCAGCUGAGUCCUCAGAAGAAAUACCAGAAAUCUAUUAAGCUGCCACUUUGUUGGGCUAAAAUUCCAGGCUCCCUGCCCAUGUCAGAACCGGCUUUUCCUGGCUCUGUGUUCUGGGCUUUGAUUUCAGGUCAAGGUGGAGGGGCUCCUCCAAUUCUGAGUCAUCACAUGACGGUCAAGUCCAAAAGUUUUCUUUUUAGCAAGUGUGAGGAACACCGAAACACAAGGAAGUGUGUCUUGGAACCAGAGUCUCAGUAGUCUUUCCUCUGAUAAGAGUGGAACAGAGCCUGCCAGGAAAGGCAUACACUGAGGAGAUGGACACGUCUGCUUUGAUCUCUGCUACCUUCCUGUGGUGAAUGUGGUAUGCCAGGGGAUGUACCAGUCCUUGUGGGGCUUCAUGUUUUGAGUGUGAAGUGAAGGUGGAGACCCUCAGCUGUCUCGCCCUAGUUGACGGUAGUUUCUGUCUCAUCGCAGUAAAAGCUGUCUUACACUCUGCAGGGUGGGCUCAUGUCUUUACCCGACAGGCACUCACAGCCCCAUAAUCAUCACUGUAAGCACUUGUCAUUUCCUUGUUCUUAUGUUUAUUCUAUACACACAAAGCUAGAAUUCUGUCCGAUAGCUUUUAUAUACGGAGAACAUUAUUUUUAAGGAAGUGUUGGUUAUGAGGCUGUCAUCUGUCCUCUGGAGAGAUCUUGGCUUGAAUCGGAGAAGUUGUGCUACAGAGGUUGCCCUUGAUUUUAGGGUGCUUCCAGGGCUUUGUUCUUGGGUCCUUGAGCCUUCCAACAGUAGAGAUGAGCAUGAUAGCGGGUGAAGGGGUUUGUUAGGAGAGGAGAGUAGACAAGGUAUUUCUGGGAAAUGUGAAACCACCGCCUCCUAGGCAUGGGGCCAGCGCUCAGAAUGGGCCUUGGUUCUUACAGGAUGGACGCUCAAUGUUGCCUAAUAAAGUAGAGUCCCAUUGUU